CACGUGCAGACCUAAACACGUGACUCCGUGUGUACACCUCUAAGGGAGCGUGCAGACGGCCAGAGGAACUUGGACUCGGACCGAUAUCUACAAUGCCAGACUACUUGGGGGUGUGUGACUGGGUUCAUGGUGGACAGGGAGGGGCUCUCAAGAAUUUCCCGUGAACGUCAAAACAGAGGGAUUAUACAUUGUAGAAGUCAUCUCUCAUUUAAAGCAAGCCACAGGAGCAGUCAUACACCGUUAGGAUGAAUCUUCACAUGCUGAAGCCGACUUAGUAUCACACCAGGAAUUAUAACUGGGAUUUCAUUCCUUCAGCACCUGUCUCCCUUUGUUUUUUAUUGAACGGUGACUUUAGGCACUGCCUUGUUAUGGAUCACGCUGGACCGGAAGAUCCUAGUAACCAUGUACCGGAAGAUCCUAGUAACCGUGUACCGGAACGUCCUAGUAACCGUGUACCGGAGGAUCCUAGUAACCGUGUACCGGAGGAUCCGACAGUCAGCUAUGUGGCCAAGGAUUACUUGUGUAUCGUGGACAGAGUGAAUUGUAGCUUACAGAAAAUCAAAUCUGAACUGGCUGCUCUUCGAAAGCAAGAUGUGAAGCUCUUGAAACAACUGAUCCAUAUUAGUGAAGUUAUUCAAACAUUUUAUCAGAAAGUUAAUAAAAACAGUAAAUCUACUACUGACAUUAGCCCAGACAGCGGGAUGGAGGUUUCAGUGACCGACAUCCCGCAGACACGAAGGAUGCCAUUGGUCAGACAACAGAGUGUACCAAAUUACUGUAGAAUUAACCAUUCCGGAAGUCUGCUUAGCAGCGCCACCUCCAGUUUUGAUGACAUUUCCGAGGAAUCUACAGACGACAAUGACAGUAUUUUCUCCCUGAGCUUCAGCGGCCAAUUCCCGCCAAGUUUCUCCAUCUCGAUGAUUCGCACCAAGUCCCUGUCUUAUGAAUCGCCGACGGCAGACACGGAGGCGGAUUCCUAUUUUGAUGAGGUGUUACGAAAAAACGUAGAGCUAUGGAAACUGUCGGAAGCUGUGACCUAGUGAUUUAUUAUUGAAACAGUCUGCCGUGUUUCUGUGAACGAUCUACUUCUCUGGUGAAUAUGUAAGAAUUAAGAGUUUUUUAUUACAUUGAUUUAGAUAUGUGCCCGUUCACAUAACACACAGUACGUAUAUAUUUACGACUGCUUUAUUUUCUGUGCAAUAAUAUGAAUCGUAUCAACAUCGAGACCAUCAGAGUGUUAAAAGUACGUAUACAGUGAAUAAUUUUUGUUCAUGUGCAAUAAAGUUGCAGAGUUGCACAAUCAAUCUCGACACGUGAUUCUCGUACAUGUAUAUCACAAUAGUAAUACAUGUGUGUUCCCUAUGGAUUUUAACGGCAUUGAAAUACAUAAUGCAUACGCAUAUAUCUAUUCCGAGUAUUUCGAUAUAAAGUCCUAUAUAUUUUGCGAAACAUUGAAGUUUUUCGCAAAUACGUUUUAGAAACACUGUUUUUGUGAAAAAGAGUGUCAGGUUGUAUAAUAAUUGUGUGAUGUUUGUCUCUAGUCAUUACUGAUUCCCAUACAAAUGUUCAUUUGUUGUUGUCAUUUAAUGACUUUAUUUAAUAAAUAACUUUUUCAAUCAUA